CUGAUGCUGCGUGAAUCGGAGAUGACGGAUGUGCAUCAAAGUGGGUGGCCACUCGGCCGGGCAGGGGGGAUAGGGCUGUGCUAGAACGCCCGCUCAGUGGGCACCCCACGUCCAGGGCCCGGACAUGAGCUCCCAGGAAACACCACAGGCCCGGAGGUUCCCCAUCGAGGCAGGUGACUGUCCCAGCCUGGCCGCAGCUCCAGAGGCUCAGGAGCCGGUGGGUGCUGAGCACUCUCCCCACAGGCAGCUGCGGCGAUGCCCCGGGAGCCACUGCCUGACCCUGCCCCACGUCCCCAUUGACGUCUUCAUUGCCAUGGGAGGGAAUUGCCGGCGACGCGCCACCUGAUGCCCCCGCGCCGCUCAGCCCCUGCUGCAGGAGGCUGUGGAGCUGCGAAGGACACAGAUCCUUUAAACACUUUAUAAUGAAAGGACA